AUGGAGACAAAACUGCCUCUGAGGCACAAAGAAGGACAAGAGCAGAAAAUGGAGAAGAGAUGUUAUGAAAACUCUCCAGCAACCCAGCCAUACCAUAUACAUAAGUCCCGUGGAACCCAGGAACGCAAGCCCCCCAGGCCACCAGCGCCAGAUGACGAGGCCAUCCGCUUGGCAGCACGCACCAAGACUGGGCUUGUGACGCGUAUAAAAUCUCCCCUUCGGGACAUACCGGCGCUCAGGAGCCUGGCAGACGGAGAGCGUGAUGGCCGCACCUAUCCGCCCAAGCGCGGCAGAGGGAGCGUGUCAAGACGGCGCCUGCCAGUGUCCUUCCAGGAGAGCGCCCUGGCCGGCCCCCAGGGGUGCCCAGGCUCCAGGACAAGCAAAUACGGCUUUUCCACAGAAACACUGGGCCGCGUCACUUGGUUGUCCGUGCGCGCCCUGGAGGUGGCAGCCUGCCAAGAACAGUUUCUCCAAAUGUUACAGUUCCGUGGGUCCCAGGAACACAAGCGCCCCUGGCCAUCCCUUGGGCGUACAGAAGCUUCCCUUCAGGGCCUACUGGCCCCUAGGAGCCAGGCAGAGGGAGAGGGUGAAGCCGGCGCCCGCCCGUCUCUAUCAUGGAAGACAACUGGCAGGCCCGCAAAGGCGUUUGGAUUCAGAAGCCUGCCCCUGAGGCCGAGGCCCCAGGACAAGCAGAAAGCAAGUGAGCCUUUCCCACGCAAAGCCCCGAGUCCCUUCGUGCUGGGCCCUGAGGCGGGGCAUAGGCCUUCAGGAGGUCUCAACUGAAGCCCUGAGGAUGUCCCAGCUCGUCCUCCAUAGUUGGCCUGAAACCAGAUUGUGUCUCUCCAGAAUCCUUAGACUGCUAAGUCUUUGCUUGAUCCGAUUUCUCCAAGGAAAUAACUUGAAACCCCUUAGUAUGGUAUUUCAGUCUCCCUUCCAUAAAGUUUUAGGAAUUUGUUUUUUACAACCUCUAUUUUUGAGGAGAAGCCAAGAGCAUGACAAUUCUUGCCACCACAAUAUUCACUGGAAUAGUUUUAGAACAAAACAAGUUGCAGAUCAGAAUUAGCAAACCAGGGCGCCUGGGUGGCUCAGUUGGCUGGGAUCUGAUUCUUGAUUUUGGCUCAGGUCAUGAUCUCACGGUUCAUGAGUUUGAACCCCACUUUGGGCUCUGUGUUGACAGUACAGAGCCUGCUUGGGAUUCUUUCUCUCCCUCUAUGCCCCUCCCCCGCUGACACUUGCUCUCUCAAAAUAAAUAAAUAAACUUAUAAAAAAAAAAGAAUUAGCAAACCAUAAGAAGUCUUAGCAAUCAUUAUCUUUUAAAUUCAGUGUUUAAAAACUUUUUGAGUUCCUUUCCUCAAAUUAAAUUUUGCUAAGAUCAGUAUGUAAACUAGAAAACAAGUGAUAGUCUUUGCCCAGAGUUCCAUCAGGUGGUCUUUCCUCCCCCAUCAAGACUUGCUGGUUUCUCAUGGCUCUAAGGAUUCAGAAGCACUGUUUGAAAAUUGCUGCUUCUAGACCCACCUCUUCUUCUAUAAUUGAGGAAACAGAGAUCCAAAGAACUUGAAGUACCCUACGUAAGUUCCUAGCAGCAGUUAAUGGCAGAACAGGAAACAGAAGUGCCUUAACUGCCACUUUUUCGAGAUAAAAUUAAUUCUAUUUACAUAGCAAAAUGAGCAUGAGGUCCAAGGGUCUCCCACACUGACAUUUGGGAUGCAGAGAGACUGUUUCUUUUUCAUGAUAAGACAAGACUUCAUUGGAAUUCAGUAAGUCUGUGUUAAGUAAUUCACAAUCGAUGCUAAGUCUCUUAUUCUAUCUUUCCUUCAUUUUGAUAUUGAAUUACUAGAAAUGACAGCCACCAGGCUCUCUAGCUUCUUGAUGCUAGACAAAGGAGAUGGUUAAAGAAAUUCAUCUUGGUGAUGGCAUUGGCUAGUCAGACACUUUCGUGUUAUAGAAAUAAAAAUUCACAUAUUAUCCCCCCCAGUUUAAAAAGGCAGAAUAAAAAAACAAAAACAAAUGAUUUUCCUCUUGUCUCAGAUUGUGAGGAAGGAGAACAAAAUGUCUAAAUUCCCUUGGCUAGUCCAACAUAUUAUGUUUUAAUUUAGAGAUUAAGCGAUUUUUAAAACUGUAUAUACACACACAUAUGAAAGAAGGACUUAAGAUAAUCAAAUAUGUAGGUAUUAUAAAUUAUCCUCCUUGUCAAGAAAGUUUAGUAACUAUUGCCAAAUGGAACCAAAAUAAUGUUGGGACUAAACAGAAGAACCAAUAAAUGGAACUACAAUAAAGAAAAAAAUGGUAUUUGUCUAUGUAGACCACUGCUGCUGGCAAUCAUUAGGUCAAAUAUUAGAGCUAAACAGUUUAAAAGAAAUUGGAUCAUUUAAAUAGGCUCAUACUAUAUCAUGACAAAACACUUGCUGAAAGGAGUAACAGAAAUACUUGCUUAUUAAGAUCAAAUGAGUUAAUAACAUUUGAGAGUCAAGAAAUUUUUAGCUAUAGGACCAAAAUAAGACAUGGUUACAAAUAAUAUAAUGCUAAACUUGAGCUGAAUCGAUACUGACAAAUUAUAACUGCAGACUUCAUAUAAAAACCUUAAAAAUUACCGAGGCCAUUGCUUUGGGAAGUUAUGGAUAUUCUUUAUUAUUAAUAGCACAGAAGUCAUCUUAACUUCUUUCCUAACCGAGCAGGGAAUUGGAGACAAUGCAAAAUUCUCUCUAAUUAUUCCACAUCUGGAUGUCCCCUCCCAAAUCUAAAUGUCUGCCUUAAAGCAUGGCCCCUCAAGAAAAUAUAGAUUAAUAUUCUCAACAGACUGCAAUCCCCCAGCCUCUUCCAAAAUUAGUGCUAUUGUGUGCAACUACUUUCACGUGAUGUCACUAACUUCAUCAAUCAUUCUAGGAAGCAGACAGAACACAAUAAAGAGGCUGGCAGAGGAGAGCAUAUUGGAGGAAUACUUCAUAACUUCCAGAUAGUAAUCCAAAUAGACACAUCUGACAAAAAUUAAUUGGAACCAUUUCUGCUUUAAGUCAGUCCCUAAACAAGUCUUUAAUUGUAAGUCCUACAAUUUCAAAUACCUCUCCAUACAUAUGCACAUGCGUGCACACGCACACACACCAAAAGCGACUGGUACAAAAGAACCAAUAACAAAUUAAUGACUGGUUACUUGCUGAACAAAGUGAAAACUGUUUAUUUAAAUUACAAGGUUGUCUAUAUCUUACAUCUCAAAUUAUUUCAAAGUUUUCUUACAAAGUGUUCUUAUGCUUUGAAUUCAUUUGCUUCCUUCUAAAUAGAAAAGUAUUCAUUAAAAGUAUUUGUUCCUCAGUGGAAGUUAUUUUGUCAUGAAGGGAUUUAAGAAUUGAGUCAUGCUGCAGUCCUGUAUGCUAGAUGAUAACCUUUAUUUUAUGAAGCAACUCUAAAGGAAUUGUUGUGUAUUGAAUUCUGUUUAGCAAGGACACUUCAGACAGAGCCAAAACUUUGAAGAGGAAACUUUGUCAUGGAAAGAGAUAAUGUCCAACCACUUUCUACCUGGCUGGUAUCCAACUAUAUGACGAAUUAGAAAAAUGUAACAUACAAAAGGAAUAUUUAUGUAUCUUCCUUCUUCAUCCGAUACACAGUAUUUUUUCUCCCAUGUCACAAAAACUGUAACCACAAUUUACAAGUAUAUAUGCACAAUCAAAUUGCUAUUGAUUUAGCAAUGCAUUUCUUUGAUGUCCCUUGCCUUAACCUCAUUUAUAAAGCUGUUUUGCAUUAUUUCAAACUGUCAAUGAUUUGUGACUCAUGAAUAUUCAAAUCUAAUUUGCACUUACCUUUUUGGUAUGCAAGCUUACUUGCAAUAUGUCUCUACAUUUGCCCUUUUGUUUUGCAUUUAUUUGUGGAUUGUUUUAUUGAAAUAAUACUCCUUUAAAAGCAUAGUAAGUCCAUUUAAAAACAAUAGGAGUGGUUGAUGAUCGACUCUUCUUGAUCUCUGUACACUGUACAUUUUGCUACUUAGCAAGUUUAGUCAUUCUGCAAACGUGUCUCUAGUAUUAAAAUAGCCAUGCUUUUGCUGGUUGAUGCCAUUUUCAGUGAUACGGGGUUAGUUUUGCUGGGCUGUGUGUCUCCUGGAAAGAGUCAACAAUUUUUAGAUGAACUUGAGCCUUACCCAAAAAGGAGGGAAGGAGGAAGGGGAGGGACAGAGGGAAGGUGGGAGAGAGGGAGGAAGGAAAGGAGGG